CCCGUUAAACAGCCCGAAGAUGUUCUGAGGCGCAUCGUUCGUAAAAGAUGAAGGCCGUAAUCGCGACGUGUCUCCUUCUCCUCUUCGUCACCGGCGUCGUCUCCGUCGAGUGGAAACACAGCGCCGUCCUGGACAAUAACUUCUUAGUUCUUUGGACGCCUGGCGAGAGGGACGUGAUGUUCGAGAUUCAAGUGAAGACCCUCGGCUACGUGGGUCUCGGUUUCACGAGGGAUGACGGCACCGUUGGAGCUGACAUGGUCAUUGGAUGGGUGGACAACAACGGACAGCUCCAUCUUCAGGAUCGACACGUGAAGAAUUCCAGCAAGGAUCCUCAGAUGGACUCCAGCCAAGACUAUUGCCUGCUACUAGGUUACGAGAACAAGACGCACACGGUUCUCCGUUUCAGCAGACGAUACGAUACGUGCGACCCGCGGGACCUCAAGAUCACGAACGACACGAUGCAAGUGGUUUGGCAAUAUCACGUGGAGGAACCGGUGUCCGCGGCCGGAGUUUUGCCGGAUCACGACGCCAUCCGUGGAUCGAGGCCGCUCUAUCUGGUGCAAAGGGACGCGCAGCCGAGGCCGACGUCGCGCAACCAAGAAGCCGAACCGCCGCUACAAACGUGGGACAUAUUGAACCAGCAGGUUCGCUUACCCAAGGGACAAGACACGUUGCUUUGGUGCCGCGUUGUAAGGAUGCCAAACAUUGAUCACAAACACCACGUCGUGAAGUACGAGCCGGUGAUACAACCCGGAAGUCACGAUUACCUGCAUCACAUGACUUUGUACGAGUGUCGUGGGGAUCAGGUGCAAUUGGAAUCCGCCGCGAAGACGUCCGGCAGUGUUUGCUAUCAGCCCAAUCAGCCGUCUUUUCAAUGUAACACAAUCGCGGCUAUCUGGAGCCUGGGCUCUGAGGGUUUCAAUUAUCCGCCGGAGGCCGGCUACGCGCUCGAUCCGCACGCGGGGCCAGGCUACUACAUGCUGGAAACGCACUACAUGAACCCGCAGAUGGACGCGUUCAUCAGCGACAGCUCCGGCCUGCGUUUGCAUUACACGGACAAGCUGCGUACCCACGACGCCGGCAUCCUGAGCGUUGGCAUCGAUCCGAACUGGAGGCACAUCAUACCGCCUGGCCAGCCAGAGGUGGUCUCCGAAGGUCACUGCAUCUCAGACUGUACCGGCCACACCAUACCCAACAGCGGCAUCAACAUAUUCGCCGUCAUCAUGCAUACUCAUCAGCUAGGGAGGAAGGUCCGAUUGCGUCAGAUAAGGUCUGGCGAGGAGCUGCCACCCAUUGCGUCUGACACCAAUUACGAUCCUAGCUAUCAGGAGUAUCGGAAAUUACAGAAGCCCGUCAGGGUCUAUCCGGGUGAUCACUUGGUGGCCGAAUGUACAUACUCGUCGAAAUCUAGGCAAGCAAUCACGCUCGGCGGUUUAACGACCAGGGAAGAAACUUGUUUAGUGUCCACUCUUUAUUAUCCUCGUAUCGAGCUGUCGCUCUGCUACUCUUUGCCUUCGUUGCCGACGGUUCUGCAAAGUUUGGGAAUCCAGAAACUGAUGCAGGGUUCCAGCCCGGUAAAGAUUCAAGAACCGCAAAAGUUGUCCGGGAUGACGUUGGAGGAACGUUUGCUCAGCUACGACUGGGAGACCAGCUUCCAGAGCUUCCAAGAAGCAACUCGUAGCGGCACGUUCAAACCGCUUUGCUGGACGAGCAAGGGGGCGCUGCCGGGCACCGACAGUCUGGAGGUUCACUAUCCAAGGAUUCUCAGGCCGUACGAGGAGGUGAACCUGCCCUGCUCGAAGAAACCACUGAGGAAUAAACUGUCGAUGUUGCUCAGCGAGGACGAGGACAUCGGCGCACCGGUGGAUCCAGACAGCGACGAGACGAACGCCGUCGAACGUGGACAAUUGGUGCGCAGCAAAGUGUCACGCAGCAGUGACGGCCCAACCGGCGGAAGUUCCUCUACCAGAUCGGUACCGUUUCUCCUGAUAUCAUCGGCCAUUCUGGUGGCCAUCGUUGGCCACGGCACGUUCAGGUGAACGCUGGCUGGUCGUCUGCACGCCGAUCGACCGACCGAUCGAUUUCGUUUACCUAGGACGGCCGUUUUAUCUUCUUGUUGAUCGCGCUGGACCGGGGAGGAGAUGCAUAUGUAAGUACGUACCGGUGUGUACCUACCUUUGACGCGUCACUUCAACUAAACAACUACUGUAUUCGUCGUUCAUUGGUCGUUGAGUGAGGACGGUGGUAGACACCGUGGUGUGGUGUUCCUUUUCGCGUUCGUUUUCCACGCGUUCGCGGUACGCGUGUGUGCACGGCUUUCGCCGAACGAUUGUCGGCACAAUUUUUCACACAGACGACGACAUUCGUUCGAAGCACGUCAACGGAGAGCCGACGGACUGAUGGAUCCUAUCGGGGCAAAAGAGAAAUAUAUAAUAUUUUUGAUGGCUUCGUGUGGUGAUCGCGCGCGUCGAAUGAUUUACGCGGAUCGCCGAAGUCCGGGGUGGACGGUCUGUAGAAGAUUGCCAAAUAUAUACGAUAUUUUCCCCAAACGAACGUCCAUCGUAGGGUCUACGUUGUCCUCAUUCGACGAUCGACCUCCCUUUUCGCGAUCUCUGCUCGCGCAUUAUAUUGUUAUGACGUAUCGCGUACUCGCGCAGGGGAACCGUCGUUGGAUAUCUUUCAAUUUCGAUCCGACUUCUCUCUCUCUCUCUCUCUCUCUUUCUCCCUCUUCGUCGGGAAAUGUUAACGCGCGCACGCGCGCGCGGAAAAGGUAAACGUAUAAAUGUCUGUCUGUGCCUCGCGAAACAUCGAUUCGUAUCGACGCCGGGAUGAAAGCACGCUUUUAGGUUCGUUCGCGGGUAAUCGAUUUUAUUCAGAAUUUAAUUCGAUUUCAUUCGGUUAGUCGCCGAGUAUUUCGCUCGGAGGUGAACACGGGUCGCGCGCAAAGGUUGAUACGAUCAAAGAAGGUCACUCGAAAUCCUGCAAAGGAUCGCGUUUCCGUCGUAGCGUCGGCCUGCGCUUGCGUCGAAACGGAUGGUUCUCUCGCCCUUUGACACGAUCAGAUAAGAGGAACGUCGAUACGAGUCGUGAAUCGAAAUCGCCGGCGACAAAGUCACUCGCUCCGUUGCUCUCCUCCUUUCCGUUACUUUCACCUACUUCGUGUGCACGUCUGACGUAUGCAUAUUAUAUUGCGUGAUAUACGACACGAGAUGUUCAAUAAUACGAGCGAUCGUACGUACAUACGUGCGAUUUGACAUACGCGUUUGAUUUUGUUCGACUCACGUUCCUCCGGCCGAUUAGCAACAGCAUUAGUACGUGACAACGCGAUACGAUACAAGUUUUCUAGUCUGUUUACACGAGCAACGAUCCGCAGUUUCGAACCGGAGUUUCGCUUCGUCUCAAGGUAUGAGCGACACAAUUACUCUUCAGCGGUUAACUAUCGUAAACGAAAGAUAUCCACGAGGGAAUCGAGAUCCUGCCGAUCGAGCGGGAUUAUUUUCUGGCUUCUGGACUCGAAAGAAAUUUUAUAUUGUUGGCUGUUUAUUAUUUACCGUGCCGAGAACCAAGCGAAUCGAACCAAGCGUUUGUGCGAAACCUUGACAAAAUCAUUGGAUACUUGGAGAGAUAGAUUUCGGACGUUGACUUUGCAGAUUUUUCAGGGAUCAAUCUCACAACAGGGGAGAUCGCUUGCUUCUCGCCGGAAUCUGUAUAUUCCGUUACUAUUAGAUUUAUGCGAAUAGAUGCGUUUUUUAACGGGAGACUGUGCAAACGUUGAUCGAUUCGCGCUCGACGCUCACAGGCAUCAAGCUUUCCAACGCCGUACUUGGAAACUCUCGCACUUGACCAACGUUUGCACCAAUUUCCCCCUGUGUAAUAUUCUGUACAGUUCCUUAAUGUGUAAUUCUCGUUGUUCGGCCGGCCGUUCACGCCGGCGAUUAUUUAUUUUUUAUUUAAUUGUAUAGAGAGAGGAAGUUUUACACUCGCGUUGACACUCUGUUUCGCCCGCGUUUCCACGUUUCGCGUUAGGUGUACAUCCGUAUAUGUAUAUGCGUUCUUUUUUUUUUUUUUUUAAUAUAUAUAUAUAUUCCGCGCACCAACACGUUUGCGAAGCGUCGCCUGCGACACGGCACACGCGGUCUUUCGCAUCGAUCUCCUCUGCGCGAUCGACACCGCGCAACGGAAGACGAGCGCUUCCCUUUCUUCGCGAUGACGCUUUAAAGCGGUGCUUUGACUCCUUGGUAGACCGUCUCGUCGCGCAUUUCGUAUGAUUUGAUCAAUCACUACUUUCAGUAGUUAGGAAGCGUGAUUCACAUCAGGAUGUAUAUCGUUUGAAAUUUCACCGGAGCAUCGUGUUUCAUUCGACCAUGUCGAGCAGUGUGUGUAAUAGUUUGUGACAAUAAACGAGUUUGUUUGGAUGAACAAUUUACCGCCGAUGGUAACCAAAUGAUGAGAAAGCGAAAAAAAAAAAAAAAAAGGAAAGAAAGACAAAUAUUAACGUGCAUGUUCUUAAUAUCGAUCAGACAUUGACACUACAAUUUUAAAACCGACCAGAGAAAGCGGAGUUUUUUCUCCCCUCUUUUCUCGAGCAUGGAAUUAAACCCAAUCUAGUUGGCGUGGCUGAGUUUAAUUUGGAUCCGAUUCUUGACCUGUCACUGUGUACCCUCAUUUGAUACUCGUUCAGUCGAUUAAACCUUCGAAGCACCACUUUAAUUAUUGGGAAAGGAGAAAGAGAGAGGGGAAGGGGAAACGGAAAGGAAUAACACACGUAUGACGGCGUGCAAGGGGAAGAGGACUUACCGCGGAGCACCGCGAUCGAUAGUAUUGUAGUCAAGAGUCCCUUAAUGCGCGCGCUUUUCCUCGAUUCUAUUUGCAUUAGGGGCAGAGAACGAAGAUUUUGCGGUCAAAGACACAAGAUCUCGCGGUGCUUCGUUCGCUGGUUUGUUUUUCGGAAGGUCGCACGAGCGAGAUAUCCCGCGAUUUCGAUUAGAUUCGCGCGUGUGUGCCUGUUGUUUUUCGUUCACUUCUCUGUCGUCGAUUUAAAAAUCCAACCGGUUCGUUCGAUCCCGUGUUUGUUCAGUCGGUGUCUUUUGCUAUCAAUCUCCUGCGAUUCGCGACGACCGAUCAUCGAUGAAAAAGCUCUCUUUCUCUCUUUCUCUCUCUCUCUUUUUCUUUAGCGUAGAAAUAUUUAAAAAAAACCUCACUAAGUAGUCGGACUAAUCGGUAAAAGGAAAAAAAAAAAAAAACUAAUAAGCGCGUAGCCACAUUUUACAAUUUAAUACUACGGUAAUUCGUAAAUGUCAUAGGGGAUCUGUGUGUGUAGAGAUCGUAGGGCAGUCGAGCGAUUACCUUCACCCUCGAGGAGAAAAAAAAAGAAAAAAAAAAGGAAGAAAAGAAAGGAAAAGAAAGAAAGAGGAGAAAACACGUUACUUUUAGGCGCUGAAGGUCCGUUCCUUUUCAAGCAUUAAUCGUUCUUGCCGAGCCGGGUUUGCCGGUGAUACUGCCAAUCGUCGCUUCGCUAAUGUCAGCGUACCAAUUCCACAUCGUACCCCGUCUUUCGUACGCCGUUCUUCUUUCUUUCGUUCACCCUCCCUGUUGUUCUCUUUCGUUUUUCCAUACGCAUAACACGGAGCCGUCGAGUCAGCGCGUGCAACGCGUCUGAAUAUCCAUACGAAACACGCGGACCUACGUACACAGAAAGGAAGAACACGGAAAAAUUAUCGUCGACGUGUGCUCGUCGGCGUGAUAUCGAAAAAAAAAAAAGAGAUCGGCGAGGUGACAGGAUCGAUCGACGAUCGAAUGACAGAGGAUCGAGGUAAACGCAGUUACGAGGAGAACAGGACAAUUUCGAGAAACGUUCGAUACGAGGUGUCAGUUGCUUUUCCUUACCUCGAGUUUCCUCGCUGCGUGUACGUAUGUGCGGAACGUAGCGAUCCUCCACGGAACGAACGACGAUUUAUCAUCGCCGAUGAAACUCGUUCACGAUCUGAGAGGCGAGGAGAAGAAGUCGUUCGACGUGACUUCUUCCGUGCACUGCGACGUCGACGGCGGUGAUUUUCAGUGAAGCGGUGGUCCGGUUCGUUGACGCCUGAUCGUCACAGCGAGACGUCGCGUCGCCGAGGGGUGUUUUUUUUUUUUUUUUUUUUUUUUUCGGGAGCGUUGGGUGUUGGGGAAGAAUGUUUGGCCUGAUAGGAACUGUCGGUGAUAUGACCAGAACAAUCAAGCAAAGUGUCACAAGUAAAUGUCAUUUAUGCUGGAAUAAUUAUGUUAGAUAAAUAGGGAACGAUAUUACGCAUUUAUACCCAAUGAUCUUGCAUCGUAUGUACGUUAGCUGGUUCGUUAUCGCGCCGAGAUUCCUGGCUUUCAUCGAGCGUUCGAUAAAGCUAACCACUACCAGAGAGAGAGCUGUCACAUUUGUAAUUUCAUCCUAACGAUAAAUUACAAAACGCGUUGUAACGUGCCAGCGGGUGGAUCCGUGUAACGAGACGGUGUGACAAAAGAAGCAGUACCUGUGCUGUACCUGAAUCGGAGGAGAAACCGUUGCAAUCUCGUCGAUUCAGAGAGAGACGUCGUUCCCAGCCGAAAUUGACGAGAGGAAACGAAUCGACGACGCGAGGAAUCCGUGAAACGCGAUUUUUAGAGGCGUUUAACGAAAACUCGGCGGGGCCAGGAAAUCGGGGAAAAUGUAUGUACUGUAUGUAGAAAAGAUUAGUAAAACAUCGGCAACGGUGCCCGUGGCUCAAUUAUCCUAGAUAUUGGGACGCGGAGAUUGUGCGAGAGAGGAAAAAAAAAAGAAGAGCAAAA